GUGUGAUGUUUGAUGCUCCCAUGAUCCCAAUCAAACUGAGGUAAUGAUCAAUAGCUUCCGAUCAGGUUAAAUGACCAAUUUUAUAACACAAGGGUUCAUACAUUUCACUCAUUGGCACCACAGAAAUAAAAUAGCUGAGGAAGUUCAGAAGAGGAGGACGGGUAUUGGUCGGAUUUGAGAUGGCUCUCUUCCUUGGCACUUCUUCAAUGGCCAUAUGGAAGUUGACUCCCGGAAACGUCUCGCCAUCAUCAAAUCGGGGCUUCAUCCGAAGUUUUCGGGUUAAAUCCUUCUUCAAUCCUGCAGAAGAGCCGAUUCUUAAAGAGGCUCUUAAGGAGCCUGUUGCCUUCAUGGGUGGGAUGUUUGCAGGUCUUCUAAGACUUGAUUUGAAUGAAGAUCCACUAAAGGAAUGGAUUACAAGAACAGUUGAAUCCUCUGGGAUUGCAGAAGAAGAAAUUGAUGUGGAAGGAUCAAAUCUAGAAGAAGCAGCCCCACAACCGAUAGAGAUCGAAUGAAAACCAGUUAUCUUGGGUUUACACCAGCUGUUAAAUUUCUCGCCUGUAUGUCAAAGCCAUGUAUUUGAUAUUUGGAAAAUAUAUGAGGAUGUAUGUUGAAUAAGAUACUUCCUUUUCAUGAAAAUUCAAUUUGAAUCUCAUGCAACUCCAAUGUAAGUAGUAGUUCAGUUUCAGUUAGUUGGCCUCUCUUGUUCUUUUAAUUGUUAUACAAUCUGUCUUGUUAUUUUGAUUGUAAAAAAUGUUUGUACACACAUGGAAAUAGUCAAGAGAUGAAUAGCUAUGAAAUUUCAUAUUAGUUCUUCGUUUCA